GUCAUCAGUGAGCGACCCAGUCCCACAUGGCAGUCCCCCGAAGUUUUUAACGGCUAAGGGUCAGCAUGGCCAGGCAGUGGUCUGAGGGCCACUCCACAUCCAUCCUGUGUGUUGGGGCAUCGUCAGGCCCUCAGGGUCUCCUGGCUUCAGGCUCUGAGGUUGGGGAGGUCACAGUGUGGAGCCAAGAGGGAACAAUCAUAGGCAGUCUCACACUCCGUGGUGAAGAGGACUGCACAAGUGUUGUGUUUUCACCUGCAGCUCCGGGCCAGCUCUUUGUGUCACAUGGAGACGUAGUGAGCGUGCUCGACCCCCGAAACCUGAAGGGCCCCGUGGAGGAGUUUCAGUGUGCGGCCGAGGAGGAGAUCAAUGCUUUGGCGCUAAACGAUACGGGUUCAGCCCUGGCAGUGGCUGAUGACUCAGGGGCAGUCCGGGUACUGGAGCUUCCUGGUGGCAAAGUGUGCAGGACUCUUCGUAGACACACUAAUAUCUGCUCUUCUGUGGCUUUUCGGCCUCACAGGCCCAAUAACCUGGUGUCUGCUGGAUUAGACAUGCAGGUGAUGUUGUGGGGUCUGCAGAAGAUGCGCCCUCUUUGGACCCUCAACCUCCAGGAUGUAGUAGAGGAAGAAGACGACCAUCAGCAGCGCCCUGGUCAGCUUUUCAACCCGCCACUGGUCCACUGUCUCUCUGUGGCGAGUUGUGGAAACAUUUUGGGUUGCGCAGCAGAGGAUGGGCGGGUGCAUCUGAUGCGGAUCGGUGGCGGUUCUAAACUGGAACAGCAGGGAGCAGUCAAGGCCCACAGUCAAGGGGCCUCACAAGCCCACUUUGUUAGUUUCCUUUCCCAUCCUUACUGGCUGGUCACUGGGGGGAAUGACGGCCUGGUGGCCCUGUGGGACCUCAGUAUGCACCCAGUGGUGAAUCCGGAGGCAAAGGCCAAAACUCGAGUGACAGCGGCCCCACGCAAGAAGGGUAAGAGCAAGGUAAAGAGGAAAGAACAAUCCCAGGAUACAGCAAAGACCUCAAUGAAGGCUGAAGCGGAAGUGGAGGAUGAAGCGGCAGCGGGUGCAGAGGGGGUGACAGAGGAGAGGUCUGGGCCCAAACUGAGCAUCAGUCAUGGGGACAAGGUGAACUGGUUGUGCCCUGCUGUGCUGAAAGGAGAACCCAGUGUGGUAGUUGCAGAUCAGGGCACCAGUCUGACAGUCUACCCUUUGUCUCAACUAUAAAUGCACUUUAGAGCAUAUAAUCUUCUGUUUUGGUCAAAGCAGUACACUAUUUUGACUUGUCUUGCUUUUAGUUUCCAAGCAUUUUUGAAAUGCAUACACUCCUGCGUUGGACCUGGCAGCAUGUAGCGAUUGGCUUCAUAUUGUGAUGGUCGUAACAUCUCUUUUUAAUAAAGUCUAAACUGUGGAAAGCGCUAAACAGUGCUGUGGUAAAUAGAUCUUUACAGAAGCAACAUCACAGAAGUCUAACUUUGUAUGGGUGUUCACACAAUAUUUAACAAACUAAACAUGAAAUCUUUCCAUGUGUCAUUAUUCAAGCUCUACUCAUUAGAUAUGGCUCAUUUUGGGUUACGUGUGUAUGGUCCUAUAAAAGUCAUCCUUUGAAAUACGUUUUGUUAUGUAUGAUUUUUUUUCUGGAUUGUAAAAAAAACCACCACAUUAAACAAGACAUCUGCAUGUUGAA